CCAUGCCUCGUUUGUAGUUAAACUUUAUUACUUAUAGCAUUAGCUAUGCAUGUGUUGUUUUCGGUCGCGCAUACACGAAUUACGGCAAAAUUGGCCAUACUGUCUAGGAGUGACGGAGGCGCAUUGUUAGACGACGAGUGUAUAUUUUGUUCUGUGUUUACAAAUGGAGUGUCAUGAAUGUUAGGUUAGGAAAUUAUCCACAUACCAACAAUAAACUGUUAUGAUCAUUAUAUGGAGAAGCAAAUGGCACGUUUGUUUCCCGAAAGAUGAUUUUGGAAUAGAAAGAAAGUGUAAUAUUCAUGUAACAACUUUUGUUACCAGCAGUAUAUUAAAGUGAAAUAAAUUAAUUACUAUUGAUUCAAAAUGGAUAAAUUAACUAUUAUCUCGGGAACGUUGUUUCUCGCUGCUGAUGUAUUCGCGAUCGUCAGUCUUGCUAUGCCUGAUUGGAUUAUUACUGAUGUUGGUGGAGAUAUAAGGUUAGGACUAAUGUGGUCUUGUAUGACACUAUACAAUAGACCUCAAGUUUGUUAUAGUCCAGAUUUACAGCCAGAAUGGCUAAUGGCUUUGGUCUGUAUUUUUGUUGGUUGCAUUUUGAUAACUGCAACUAUAAUAUUGCUAGCUAGUUCCCAUUGGGAUCGCAAUGUUAUUCCAUAUGCAAGAUGGGUGGGAUUUACAGCUAUGGUACUGUUUUGCCUAGCAGCAGUUAUAUUUCCAAUGGGUUUCCAUAUUGAUGAAAUUGGUGGACAACCAUAUCAGUUACCUAAUUCGCACCAAGUUGGAAUUUCUUAUAUCCUCUUUGUUUUAGCUUUGUGGAUUACUGUAAUUUCAGAAUUAUUUGCAGGCAAAGUUUGUUUGCCACAUUUCUAGCAUUUCUCAUUUUCUAAAUGUAUGCUGUAUACAUGUUUGGCAUUGGUAGCAAGUAUGAUUCUUUUUGCCGAAUGUUUAUUCAAAUUAUUUGAAUACUACAUAAUAUAUGAUAAAAUUCAUUAGAGAUCUCAUUUGUAAUUAAUAAGUAUAG